GUUAGAACAUUUACUUAUAUGUCUUAAUAGUAAAAACUGAUAUCAGCUUCAUCACCUUCGAAAACUAGAAGUGCAAUGUCAUUACACACUUAAUCAAAGAGUCCCCAUUAUAAUGAAAUGUAAUAAGGUAAUUUUGUAUUUUAUAAAUAAGGGUCUACACAUCAAAAGUCAUAGUAAAGUUUACGAAAUUCUCAUCAUAUAAGCAAAUUUGAGAAGAGCAUUGAUUUAGAUAUGAAGCAGAGUAAUAGUUUUAUUAACCCUGAAUUUGAGAUAAAAAAACUAAUGAACUUGGUUGAAUUGCAAUAAUAUGAAAUAGAUAAUUGGAAACGUCGAUAUGAAUAAGCAGAAUCACGAGUAUCUUAUUAAAUUAAAAUAGUGUAUAUCCUCUAAUUCAUCUAAACCAAUAAAGGAAUAUGAAAUUCAUAUAGAUUAAUUAACCAAAGAACUCAAAAAUCAUAUGUCUAUGAAUGAUGAAUUUAGUGCUGAAGUGAAAGAAAAAGAUAGUCUAAUAUAAAAACUGAAUAAAUAAUUAGAUAUCUAUAAAUAGUAAUUAAAUGAAUAUUAGUCGGAAUUAAAGUAUGCUUAGAAAGAAAAGGCUAAUGUGGAUAAAGAUGCUUCAAUGCAAUUUAAUUAACAAGAUUAGAGAUUCAAUUAGAAAUUAUAAGAUAUUUAAUUAGCUAAUUUUGAAUAGAUGUAAAUUAUGGAUGAUUAAGUCUAAAAAUUGUAAUCAGAAUUAAUAAGACGUAAUUAAGCAAUUGAAUUUUAGAAAUAAGAGAUAAUGUAAUUAGAUAAGAUUAUUAAUGAAAUUAAAGUUAGAGAAAAGACAUUGAUGCAAUCUUAGGAAAGUUAUAAAAUUAAGUAUUAAGAAUUAUUGGAUGAAAAAAAGAAGGAAAUCACUAAAUAAAUUUAACAAUUCGAAUUAAAAACUAAACAAUAAGAAAAGGAAUUUCUUGAUGAAAAGGAAUGUCUUGUUCAUAAAAUUAGUUAAAUGGAAUAUGAAAUAGCAUUGCUAGCGAAUUAAAGUUAAGAAUCAUAAAGUAUAUAUAUAUAAUAAUAAAUUUAAGAUCUAAUUUAAGGAUUGCAAGAUGAAAUUCAAUCAUAAGUAGAUUAGAAUUGCUAUCUAUAAGAAUAAAAUCAAAAAAGUUAAUAUGAUUUAGAAUUAAGAUAGAAAAAAACUAUUUAAGAACUUAAAAUUGAAUUUGAAUAAUAAAAAAAUAAAUUAUGCUAAGAAAUUUCAAAAUUAACUACUUAAUUGGAAAUUACUUCAUAAUAGCAUUGUGAAAAUUAAGAGUUGAAUCAAGAUUUAUAAAUUAGUUUAGAUACUUUAAACAAACAUAAUAAAAAUACAUCUUAGUAAUUAAGCAAAUUGCAAACAGAAUUUGAACAACUUUAAUUACAGUAUGAGAAUGAUAUUACUGAGCAAAACUAAGAAAUUGAACAGUUAAAUGAUUAAAUUGCAUAAUUAACAGAGCUAUUAGAUCAUAGGUCUAAUGAACUUGAUGAUGCCAGAUAAUUGAGAGGAGAAUUAGCAUUAAAAAAUAAUGAAAAUAAUGUAAGUCAUUUCAGUUAUAUAAUAGUUAUUGAUCUAAAAAUUAUAAAACGAACUAGAAUCUUAGAAGCAAAAAUUAUUUGAUCAUCUAAAAUAACAUUAAAUUCAAGGAUAAGUCAAAGAUGAAAUAACUAAAUCACAAUUUGAAUAAAUGAAAAACCAAAUGGAAUCUGAAAUUGAACUAUUAUAAAAUGAAAAUAAAACAAUACGAUAUUAAUUAUAGAUGAAAUCAAGAGAAUGUGAAGAGUGGAAACAGUAGUACAAUAAACCUUUGUGA